AUGCUAAUACUUGGUCCACCCUCGCACCAAUUUCAAUAUGACAACGAUCGAGAUCUUCCUAUCACUGUAGAUAGCGAACAGUUGUUCCAAGAGAUGCAAUUGCAGACAUUGAAGCAUGAUGAAGUAGAUGUAGAAAUGGAACAAAUUUCUGGGUCUAUACUCAUGAAUAAUGACAAAUCAAUAUCACAUAAGUAUUGGAACCGUAUAUUCAAUAUCUUAGAUGAAAAUAGACUACAAUUAACCGCGGAUAUAACAAAAGCAAUACAAUAUGUCGAAAAAGAAGAUCAGCUAAAAGGUGCAGUGGAUACAAAGGAAGUUUUAUUAUCCAAGGCUACCAUUUCUGACUCCGUAUUUAGAGAGUUAAAAGAAAAGCAUCGGAGAAUGGUUGAGGAUUUACCAUCAAAACUAGCUGAAUCAACUUAUAGAAAGAACUCAAAAGGAAUUGUUCUAAUUGGAGGUGGAAAAUUCUCUUGGCUUUCCUACCUAUCUAUAAUUUCGUUAAGAGAAACUGGGUCAAAGUUAGCUGUUGAAAUUAUCAUGCCAACAAAACGAGACUAUAAACGAGAGAUUGAUUUUUGUAACAAGAUAUUACCCCCAUUACAAGCUAAAUGUGUGGUUCUUCCUGAUGUAUUGGGUGAAACUGUGAUGAAGGAAAGAAGUUUUUCAAGCUUUCAGUUCAAAUCAUUAGCAUUGGCAAUUUCUUCAUUUGAACAUAUCUUAAUGCUAGAUUCCGAUAGUCUUCCAGUUUCCAACCCUGAUUCAAUCUUUGAUAGUAAGUUAUACAAAUAUUAUGGGAUGAUAACUUGGCCCGACUAUUGGAAAAGAACUGUUUCACCCAAGUUCUAUGAAUUGGCUGAUAUUGAAAUAAAUGAACUGAAAAGAGUAAGAUAUGGAAGAUUUCCAUUAUUUUCCCCAACCAAUGAAGAUUCCAACAUUAACAAUGAAGAAGAUAAGAAAUCGAUCCCUUAUCAUGAUUUACAAGGGACAAUUGCUGACAUGUCAACAGAAUCUGGUCAAUUAGUAAUCAAUAAGCGAACGCAUGGAAAAACAAUCUUGAUGUCACUCUUUUAUAAUAUUUAUGGUCCAAAUUUAUUCUACAAAUUGCUUGCCUUGGGAGAACAAGGAGAAGGAGAGAAAGACACAUAUGUCGCAGCUGCCAUGGUGACCAAACAGACUUAUUAUCAAGUAAAGUCUUCUAUUUUAACUUUUGGGUAUUUCGAUGAAGAGAGAGAAUAUCAUGGAGUUGCAAUGGGUCAAAAAAAUCCCGUGAUUGACUAUGAGUUGUUUCAAGAGUUAGUAGUUAAACCAAUAAUGAAAGAUUCCGGUGGGUACAAUGAAGGAGACGAGAAAGAAGAAGAAUCAACAAUCAAAAUGAAGUCAUUAGACGAACAAAUCAAAACUCUAGAAACCUUACUGAAUGAGAAGUUUCAUAAUAAUAAUGAAAAUCCGCUAUUUACAAUACAUUGUAAUUAUCCCAAAUUAGAUCCACUACAGUAUAUGGAAAGGUCAGAUUUGUAUGACGAAUCACAAAAGAGACUAAAACAUAGAGUUUAUGGAGAUAUAAAAUAUCCCAAAUACAUCAAAAAGGAUGACCGUCAAAAAUUGGCUAUGAUUGAUUUUGAAUUUGAACAAUGGAAUCAUAUGAACAAUAUACUAUGUGUUGAGCAAUUAUCAUUUUCAUAUUUUGAGAAAACGGAUAUGAAUGAAUUGUGUCAAUUCAUUGACAAUCAAGUCAAAUGGCUUUCCGAAUAG